GAAUGUUGAGUCCUGUAGAGCCAAUGAGCUGAGACCGGAUACGAUAUAUCCUCUGGGACAACAGCUACUCUGUUCACCCCCUUCACUUCCACAUGACGCCAUUUACAGCAUAACCCGACCUCCUCUCCGGAAAGAAGAAAAAACACGAGCAGAAGAACUUGAAAGCGCCACAGUGUGCCAUGCAGCUAAAGCCUCAGCUCGAGCAGCGCUUCUUCUGGACGAACUCUUCUUGUCACGACCUAUAGACAUAUUUAUAUUAUUUGUUUUAUGACUCGACUGAUUUUUUUCUGGAUUUCGGAACUUUUCUUCUGCUCACUUUAUCGUCUCAUAAGUUAAAGCUGGUGCUUCACGCGCGCUCCGCUCAGAAUUCAUUUCGGACGUGUCGCGCGUGCGGCUGCGAUUAUCGGAAUUUUUGUGAAUGAAUCUCGCACGAACUGAGGACUUACCAAAGAGAAAUUCCCACUGGGUGGAUAUACUCGUCAGGACACAAAUAGGGGGUUGAGGUGGUGAGAUCACGGACUUCAGAUGUGUUCAAUGCCAGCCAGAGGGUUCCCACUUCAGAGUAAAGAUGGAGACGAGAGCUCAAAAUGGUGGCAGCGGCUCUUCUGGCUUGCUGCGACCUCAGCGUGACACCGGCAGGCCCCAGGCCGGGGACUCGGAGCCCUGGGAGGGUCAGGUGCUCUCCCUGGACCAAAUCAGGACAAUCCGCGGCAGCAAUGAGUACACGGAGGGCCCGAUGGUGGCGCCGCGACCGCCCACCACCCAGCAGAAAACGGACUCUCAACCUUCCAGCCCGACCUCCAGCGAACCUUCCGAGCACAUGGACUCCCCAAGCAGCCAACGGGGCAGCCAACGGACUCCUCAGCAGCCCCAGAGGGGCGGUGUGAUCAGAUCCGUCAGCGGCACCAGCGAUGGGUCGCACAGCAGCACCGCCCGGACCAGCACGGGCAGCACGUCGUCGGAGCAGAGACUUCUGUUAACCGCCGGUGGCGAUCGGAUUGUGAGGGCGCAGCCCAAGCGCUCGGAGCUCAAACAGGACGAACUCAAACCCCUGGCGGCGGACGGCGGUGCCAGGGCCGGAGAGGGCAAGCACUUGAACCGCUGCGAGGACUGCGGCCACUGCAAGUGCGAAGGGUGCACCUGCGCUCGGACCCUGCCGUCGUGUUGGAUGUGCGGCCACAGGUGCCUUUGCUCGGCCACGUCAGCGAUGGACUACGUCACUUGUGUGUGCUGCGUCAAAGGCCUGUUCUACCACUGUUCCAGCGAUGACGAGGAUGUGUGCGCCGACAAGCCCUUCUCGUGCAGCCAGUCGCACUGCUGCAUGCGCUGGUCGGCCAUAAGCGUGAUGUCUCUUUUCCUGCCGUGCCUGCUCUGCUACCUCCCGGCUAAGGGCUGCGUGGUGCUGUGCCAGGCGUGCUACGACUGCACCAACCGGCCGGGGUGCCGCUGCCAUAAUAAAGAAGUUAACACCAAGUAGACUGGGAUCCUGGAGUAGCACUGGGAAGAGAAGGGUAUCUGGAACUGUUUGGAACGACCCGCGGCCGGAGCGGAGAAUGCAUCCGCAACUUGUUGUAGUUAUGGCACUGUAGACCUCGAGGUGACAUUGGCUUGGCAAGGACUGCUUUGAAGUGCUUUGCUUUGCUUUCUUUACUUUUCUUUGAUUCCCUUUUGUUUUUAAGCUGAAGUCCAGAACGUUAGCCCUAUUGACAUUCAGUAAUAUGACUGAUAUAAAGGUGACACACUCCCCUGACUAACUGUUUGUGAAUAGUAUCUGCAAAAAGUAUGUAAAGUAGCAAAUGAGCUCUUUUUCCUUCAGAGAGAUUUUAUUUUUGUACAUAUAAUAUUUCAACUGUGAAAAGCAUAGUGCCCAACCCCAGGCACCUUGACAGAUCCAUAUAUAUAUAUGAUGACGCAUAUAUAAAACUUCGUACGACCACUUGGAACGUACUUUUAAAAUGUCUCCUUGCAGAAGAGAAAUCUGACAUGAAUUGUCCCUACACUUGUAAAUUGUACAGUGACCCUAAGAAAACUUUAUUUUCUAAUUUCAACAUAUUGUUUAGUGUAAAAUUAUUUAUUUGAAGUUUUAUUAUUUUAUAAAGUAAUAUUUAUUUGGAGACAGAGGCAUCUUUAUAGGCAUCGCCCCAACUUGAGCAAGAAUUGAAAAACCCUCCCUCUGUUGUUGCUGCAAAAAUGGAUGGUGGGUUGUCAGAUCUGAUGCAUAUGUUCACUAUAAAAUAGUAAAUAUAUUAAUGUUUUGAAAUUAAACAA